UCCACUUCACCCCUCGAGUUGAGUGAAACAUCCCCCUAAAACUUGCACAGUUGGGAGCUCUUACUGGCUUAGAACGUUAACCUUCCAUGAAUUCUACGGCUAGCUCUCACGUCGGGGACUCGGGCUUCCUUACCACCUGCAUAUCCGCUUGCUGUCGAGAAUAAUGGGUCCGCCAAAUGCCGUUUUGCAAUCAGCUCUUAUGCUACGCUCAUGCUAUCGGAGUUAAUACGAGAAAUUGCUACGCAAUAUUGCCGGGACACGCCCUUCAAAGUGAUCAUUCCCAGGGUCCCAACCCAAAAAGGCAACUUUCGGUCCCGAAUUUUUACUUUUCCCUCCACGAUGUCGCUGUUCGUGCUGUCAAAAAUUACCGAACCUUAGGGAGUGAUUGUCGUUAUUGGUCAAAGUGCCCCAUUUUCCAGAUUUCCCUCCCUUUCUUAUUAUUGAUUGAGCGUUCGGACUUUUGAACUUUCCCGCCGCACGAGUAGUUCAUGGUCAAUUCAUCAUCAUUUGUGGAGUUUGGAACAAGCAAUACCAAUAUAAUUUUGCGUAGUGCUUCAAAGGAUUUUCAAGACUUAUAUAUAUAUCAUCUUACGAUAUCUUCAUGCCUUAUCUACAUCCCCAAGUUUGAACUCCCACAGUUCUCUGCAUAUAUCUUCCAUCCACAGACCAUCCCAGCUCUCACUAUUCCCAAAGUUGAGCCAGGCCGACCCUUAAAAUCAUUCGAGAACCAAGUUUAUGAGACAUUCCUCGGUAUCGUAUCCACUUCCCGAUUUAUCCUGGGAUAAUUAUUAUCGAAAGUUGCAAAAAGGAAUCCAUAUAUUUGUGCACAUACCCAGUAUACUUCCUCAAGGACCCGCAUACCAGCCUUCCACUCAAGACUCCUACAAAUCAUAAAUAGACCUACUUGCCCCGGGGCGCAAGAUAUACCCCUUUUUGAGUUAGAGGAGCAUCGCAGCACGAGGAUUCAGUUUGGUGCAGGGUUUUAAGAUAAUUCUAGGUCAAGUUUCGGAAAGGCUGUUGAGCAGGCUUUGAAUAAGGCUGUCGGUACGAGGUCGGAUACUGAAGCCGAUAUAUUUAUUCCGAAUUCGAGAUGGAUACUACAGCUGGUACAAUGUCUAAUGAGCAUGAACAUGUGAAUGAGGAGAGGUGGAAUGAUACCGCUAGUAUCGACACAGAACCCUUUCCCGGACAAGGCAGCGAGGAAGAACCGUCAGGAGGACAUAGUCAAACUACAACGUUAGCGAAAGAGGACGUCGACGUGGAAGCACAAGGCGAGAAGGAAAAGGAAGCUGCGUUGAGUUUGAAAAGAGAAAAGGAAGAACAUGACCCGAAUCUGGUAACUUGGGAUGGACCGGAUGAUCCCGAAAAUCCGAUGAACUGGCCUGCGAAGAAGAAAUGGUGUAUCACUGUGAUUCUGGGUGUCAUGACUUUCGUCGUUACUUUCUCGUCUAGUGUUUUCAGUACAGCUACAGCGAAUGUUGCGGAAUUAUAUCACGUUUCCGAAGAAGUGGCUGUAUUAGGCACUUCAUUGUUUGUCGUGGGUUUUGCAGUUGGUCCUUUGGUAUGUUCCCAUUCUCUGUUCUGGAAGCUCCAAGCCAGUGCAUACAUAUAUCAUAGACAAUGCAACUAACAAAAUAUAGAUAUGGGGCCCAGGAUCCGAACUCUUCGGCAGAAAACUCCCUCUAUUCAUCGGCUAUGCCGGUUUCGCCAUCUUCCAGAUCCCCGUUGCCGUAGCUCAAAACCUUGCCACAAUCAUGGUAUGCCGAUUUAUUGGCGGCGCCUUUGCUUCCGCCCCAUUAGCAAUUAACGGAGGAGCAUUAGCAGAUUUCUUCGGUCCGGUGGAUCGUGGUGUUGCAGUUUGCGUCUUCGCCGCAGCAACAUUUAUUGGUCCUAUUGCGGGACCCAUUGGAGGUAAUUUUAUCACGCAGUCAUACCUGGGCUGGAGAUGGACAGCUUGGCUUACCUUGAUUUUGGCUGCGGGCUUCGGAACAUUUGGUUUGAUUUUUGUGCCUGAGAGUUCUCAUCCGAAGAUUCUUCAACAGAGGGCUGCAAGAUUGAGAUUUGAAACGAAAAAUUGGGCUCUUCAUAGUAAAGCUGAUGAAGUAAGUUAACCUCUCUACAUACCCCUUUUCCAUCCUUUUUCCAAAAUUCCGCAGCCCAUAAUCAAAUCAAAUAACUAACCCUACCACCAGAUCAAACUCGACGCCCACACAAUCAUCCAAACCUACCUCUUCCGCCCCUUCAUCAUGCUCGCCCAAGAACCCAUCCUCCUCCUCAUCACCCUCUACAUGGCCCUCAUCUACGGAAUCCUCUACCUCUUCUUCGAAGCCUACCCCAUCUCCUUCCAACAAGCACGCGGCUGGUCCCCCGGUCUCGCCGCCCUCCCCUUCAUCGGAAUUCUCAUCGGCGUCCUCAUCGGUGCCUGCACCAUCGCCUUCAUAACCAAGACACGUUUCGCGCGCAAGUUCCAAAAACACGGCAAAGUAAUCCCAGAAGAACGUCUACCCCCCAUGAUCCUAGGUUCCUUCAUCCUCCCCGUCGGACUCUUCUGGUUUGCCUGGACAUCCUCUCCGCAUAUCACAUGGGUUCCGCAAGUCAUCUCGGGAAUUUUCAUCGGAUGGGGUAUCCUGAUGAUUUUCUUACAGGGCUUAAAUUACAUCAUCGAUGUGUACAAGUGGCAUGCUAAUUCAGCCAUUGCGGCGAAUACUUUCCUGCGGAGUUUUGCGGGCGCUGGAUUCCCGCUCUUCGCUCAGUAUAUGUUUAAUGGUCUCGGUGUAUCGUGGGCUACUAGCGUGUUGGCUUUUGCCUGCGUGGCUAUGAUUCCGGCGCCUAUACUUUUCUUUGUGUAUGGAGCGAAGGUGAGGGCAUUAUCAAGGUUUAGUCCUAAUGUAUAAGCGAGGCGAGAAGGGAAGACGAGUACAAAAUCCCUGAAUUGCGAUGAGUGGGAGGUUGGAGAGACUAGCAGACGGAGUUCGUGAAAAAUUCGAGCUACACGUGCUGAGGACAACCUUAAGCGGCAUCGUGAAGAUGUAUGUAUACACACACAUACAUACAUACAUCUAUGAUAUCUAUAUCUACGAUACCUAUUCGAACGAGAUCACGUUUACAUACCAUACAUAUAUACAUGUACAGCAGUAUGAUUUUCCCCAACUUUAGAAUUUGGGAGCCCGGGCAUUUAUUUUUAAUUUGCAUAGCGAGGAGUUUGUUCAUUUAUCAUUAUAUCAAUGGGUUUUGGAGUACUGAAUGAAUAUAUAUUCCCUGAUAGAUAGAAAGAAGGAUGAAUGAAUAGAAAGAAUAAAUAGAUGAGUAGAUAGCGAUCUAUUAUUAUAUAUAUAUAUUAAUUAAAUAAUUAAAUAAAAAGUAAGAAUUUUAAU